UGCGGCACGAUCCUCCAUGACACGUUCUACACCCGGAUGUCAGGAACGCCGGAGUACAGCCCACCGGAGUGGAUCCUCUUUGGCUGCUACCGUGGCCAGCCAGCAACCAUCUGGUCCUUGGGCAUCCUGCUCUAUGACCUGGUCUGUGGCAAUCUUCCUUUCCACACCAGUGAGGACAUCAUCAGAGGCCAGCUCUUCUUCCCGCCCCGGGUGUCUCAAGAGUGCCAGCACCUUAUCAGGUGGUGUUUAUCCAUGGAGCCCACAGACCGGCCAUCCUUGGAAGACCUUUUUGAGCAUUCUUGGCUGCAGGACCCCCACGUGGACCAGGAGACAGCAGAGAUCCGUGUCUCUGCACAGUAG